UCACUAGGGAGUGGGGCUGUCUCCAAACCUCCAGUCAAGUUUAAAUCACAUAGAGCUCUACCGACUCUCAGUUUGCAUCCUCCUCUCCUCUCUUGUGCUCACUCACUCUGAGCUCCCCUCUGUCUCUCUCCUCCUCUCUGCAUCUGCCAGUUGCUCUCCCAGUCAACCUUGUGAGGGCUCUUGUGAGGGCUUUUUCUCUGUACAUCUGCAACAGCUUCUGACUCUAAGAAACAAAAAUUUUCUUUUUCUGUGAAGGCUGCAAAAUACUGAGACUCUACUGUCACCAUGGAGGCCAUCAAGAAGAAGAUGCAGAUGCUGAAGUUGGACAAGGAGAAUGCCAUCGACAGGGCAGAACAGGCUGAGUCUGACAAAAAGGCAGCAGAGGAUAAAUGCAAGCAGUUGGAGGACGAGCUGCUGGCUCUGCAGAAGAAACUGAAGGGAACAGAGGAUGAGCUGGACAAGUACUCGGAGGCCCUGAAGGAUGCUCAGGAGAAACUGGAACUGUCGGAGAAGAAGGCCACAGAUGCCGAGAGCGAUGUGGCAUCUUUGAACCGCAGAAUCCAGCUGGUGGAGGAGGAGCUGGACCGUGCUCAGGAGAGACUGGCCACAGCCCUGCAGAAACUGGAGGAGGCUGAGAAGGCUGCAGAUGAGAGUGAAAGAGGCAUGAAGGUGAUUGAGAACAGAGCCAUGAAAGAUGAGGAGAAGAUGGAGAUUCAGGAAAUGCAACUCAAAGAAGCCAAACACAUCGCUGAGGAGGCCGACCGCAAAUAUGAGGAGGUUGCCCGUAAACUGGUAAUCCUUGAGGGUGAGCUGGAGAGAGCAGAGGAGAGGGCAGAAAUUGCUGAACUAAAAUGUGGUGACCUGGAAGAGGAGCUCAAGAACGUCACCAACAAUCUCAAGUCACUAGAGGCUCAGUCUGAUAAGUACUCUGAGAAAGAAGACAGAUAUGAGGAGGAGAUUAAAGUCCUGAAUGACAGACUUAAGGAGGCGGAAACCCGUGCAGAGUUUGCAGAAAGGACAGUGGCUAAGCUGGAAAAGACCAUAGAUGACUUAGAAGACGAACUGUACACUCAGAAGCUGAAAUACAAGGCUAUCAGUGAGGAGCUGGAUCAUGCCCUCAAUGAUAUGAACACCUUGUAAACCUUGCAAUUAGGUCAUGGUGUUUUCACUUUCCCUUUGUCUUUUUUUGCCUGAUUAGAAACACUUUGUCUUUUCUUUUUCCCCUUCGCUCUCACUGCUCUUUGCUGCUUUUCCAUUCAAGUAAAGCUUAAUAAAGAUAUUUCUAUUUUG